AUGGCCACAGCGGUGCAGAACCCCCUCAAAUCCUGUGUAUUCCUCUGUGUUUCAGGCCAUGCACCAGGUCAGUUGUACACAUAUCCUGCUCGCUGCUGGCGCAAGAAGAGACGGCUAAACAUCUUGGAGGACCCACGGCUCGUACCCAUCGAGUUCAAAAUUGAUUACGAGGCUUCUCUAAAGAAGGAGGGGGGCAUCCCGGAUGGGCCUGUGCUGGAGUCGCUUCUCGCCGGGGAAACCCUGGACAAGAAGGUAGAAACCAAGGAAGAAGAGCCAAUGAGCGAGUGUCAGAAGCUGCUUGUCGGGGAUUUCCCUCACGAGCUGGAGGUGGAUGAGAUGGAGGAGGACGUUCCGAAGCGCAAGAACCGCACCAAAGCACGGGCCUACGGCGUCGGGGGCAUGAGAAAGAGACAAGAGCUGCCUGCCAUUGAAGACAGAGACAAGCCUUACGUCUGUGACAUUUGUGGAAAGCGCUAUAAGAACCGCCCAGGGCUGAGUUACCAUUAUACUCACACCCACCUGGCAGAUGAGGAGGGGGAGGAAGACUCAGAGCGACACACACUACCCUUCCAGCGCAAGAACAACCACAAGCCCAAGAAAGCACCGGACGGCUCAGUGAUCGCCAACGGCUACUGCGACUUCUGCCUCGGAGGUUCAAAGAAGACCGGCUGCCCUGAAGACCUUAUCUCCUGUGCAGACUGUGGACGCUCAGGCCACCCAUCUUGUCUGCAGUUCACAGUGAACAUGACGGCUGCGGUGAGGACUUAUCGCUGGCAGUGCAUCGAGUGCAAGUCCUGCAGCCUGUGUGGCACGUCUGAAAAUGAUGACCAGCUGUUGUUUUGUGAUGAUUGUGACAGAGGCUACCACAUGUAUUGUCUGAGCCCUCCCAUGUCUGAACCACCAGAGGGGAGCUGGAGCUGUCAUCUGUGUCUGAGACAACUGAAGGAGAAGGCCUCAGCCUACAUCACCCUCACUUAAUCUGCAAAGCUGCGCCUCGUCCUCUCGGCCCUUCAUCCUCUCCCGAGCCACCUCUCCAUCACCCCUCUCUGUGCCUCAGCUGCCUCCCUCCUCCUCUGAUCUCCUCGUCGCCACUUCCUCUACAGUUUGUCGCCGCGACCUUUGACACGACCGAGCACACAGCAUCCACGGCACCAUACCCAUUCUUAAACCCAUUCUCCAGCGGCGAGCCAACCUCUGUCCUUUUGUGUCAUACACGUUCCCUGUUGUGCUUGAGCGGCCACCCCCCUCACUCCUGCUCUGUCUCAACAGAGGAAUUCAUCAGCUGACUAUAAGUUUGCUAGCGAGACAAACACUCCAGCCUGCCAAGGGCACUUCAGAGGCAUACUACUCCACAGGAACCCUCUUAAGGGCCCUUGGAAGAGCCCUAAUGAUCUUCAGCUGAAAGUCAGUCAGGAAGACAGUGAGGAUUCAUAAGAUGGAUAGGUGUUAGGCUGAGGACAGGACUUGGAAGACCCUGGGUAACCACAGAGCAGUUUGUUAGCCAACUGUGAAAUAUACAGUACACUGAACCAAGCUUUCAUAUCCUCCCUCUGUCCCUUGCAGUGUACUGUAUGUCAGAGCUGAGCUGUGGAGCGCCGCUCAGUUUCUUGUCUGCAGGGCUCACUGACCUGUGCAGAUUCAAAGGGAGAAAGAAUUGUACAGAAUUAAGACUGAUGCUCUAUCUUCACAUGUUUUAAAAAACUCCCCCUAACCGGAAAACAACUGGUCAGGAGCUCAGGCCAUCUUUGUCCCCGCCCUGUCCUCUCUCUCUCUUUGCAUGAGGUUUCCACAAAUUAACGAUGCAUAUUAGGACCGACACAGAAGGCUUUAGAGUUCAAAUGUCGUCCUCGGAUGAGAGGAGAGAUGGAUUUUUUUCUCUCAUCAACUAUCUCCGAUCAAACAAUGUAUUUAAAAAUGACAUUUUAGGCUUAGCAGCUCUCACAAGUUGAACCCGACCUCCAUUCACCUGCCCCUUCUAGGAAACACCAACUGUGAAGCCAAUGCAAGACUGAAACUCUCCUGGUGCUUGGUGUUUAUUAUCUGUGUGUUAAGAAUGUAGGAUUGAUGUGUGGUCAAUGCAGAUCUUUGUCCGGCCCAUGCCAAGGCCUAAAAACGUCUUUUUUUAUGAUUCCCUUUUUUAUUUUUUAUUUUUCAUUUGCAUGUUGCUAUCUCAAUUGUUUUUAAAGAAAAUCUUUUGAUUGAAAUUGAAAAGAAAGCACACUUAAUUCGCAAUAAUGUGUUUGUGAUAAUAACUGUUGGCCAAACUGUGUGUUUUAACUCUUCGUGUGCCUGUGUGUCUGUUUAUGUGAGUUUAUUUGAACGAUACAGAAACUGUAGCCAGCUCCAUGCCGGGAGGGAUCUGUGAGAGGAUUUUUAAGCAGCGGGAAGGUUAUAUGAAUGUCAUUUUUUUCUGUUUCAACAGAGGUGAAACAACUGCUUUGUUCUGCAAGUCACGAGUCGUCUCAAUGUAGUCCUGAGUCAAGUGAGCAACUGUAAAAGGAAGAGGCUGAUAUCUGACAUAUGCACAAACCAAAGAGUCAAAAAGACAAGUUGUGGAUUAUAUGUGCCAGACUCUUUCUUGGAAGUGACUCCAAGAAGUUACAGCACUCAGCCAAGACUCUGUCUGGCACACGUUGCCCUUUGUAAAACCAUAACUUGUCACUUUCACCCUUUGUAAAACGACUUUGUUGAAAUGUUUUUAGUGAGCUGUAGAACUGCUGGGAGAUGGAUUCCGCAACGUUUGGCUCAAGCCAUGAUACCUGGCUAAUCCUCCAGUCUAACUGUUGGCAAUAUAGCAAAAGUGAUAUUCUCCAAAAUAUGAAACUAGUCCUUAAUGUCAAAAGAUUAAGUUUUGAGUCAGCUUCUUACUAAAUCUAAUGCCUUUUAGAACAUUAACUGCAGAGUAAGAUCUGUACUUUAUUAAUUUCUAACAGGGUACAUAUACCUGCAGUAUAUGAGUACUUUUAUAAAUAACUGUCUCUGAUUUUGACACUAAACUCUUUGGUAUGGCUUAUAAGAAACUCUAAACAACCCCUGUUAAUCUCCACUAUAUUAUAUAGACUGUAAACAAAGCUGGUAGACAUGACCACUCCCAUGAGUAAAAGCCUAAUCAACUUAAUCACCCCCUGAUGGAGGCCUCCUCCAUGUUAGCAGAUGGGACAUGGACUAAACUAAAAAGUAAUUAAUAACAAGAUUUUGGGAUCUUGGGCUUUGGUGAAGAUAUCAAACAGCAAAGUAAAUUCACAAGAAAUUAGUGUUGGAGAAGACAAAUUAAGAUGGCAGGUAGAAUUCACCUGCUAGUUUGCCAGCACAUAAUAGAUUUUUUUCAUCGUCUUUGUGUCUUUCAAAACUCGAGGCCACCUGUUUUGCAAGAGAAAAAAUUGACAGUUAAAAAAACAUUUUAAAAUCCUGCUAUCUGUCAGUCUGCUCUGCACGUUAGAAGCCAGUAUAAUAGAUCAGCACUUGAAGACCAAGCUGAAAUGUUGAGGCUGAGCUUUUUAUAAAGUGAUUGAUCUAGCCAGCCAGCCAGCCAGCAUGUAUUAUUUGUGUUUGCACUGAGAAAAAUAUAUUUUUUCUUUUUAACCCAAAGGCCCAGGAUAUUAUCCUCAACCAGUUUAAUUGUAAGUCUCAAGACGACUUAAAUGGAUGGAUUGCAAGGUAGCGGAAGUUGGUGCUGAAUUUGUAGGAUGUUUUCAAUAUUUAUGAAUCGUUCAUGUGGUCUAGAGAGGACAAACAUCCAGUGAUUUGUGAGCUUAAAGCUUGGAGACAAUAGCUGUAAAUAGGGGAUUGAAUUAACAACUGGCCUUUUUCAUACAGUAUUUCAUAUUCUUGUGUACAUAUCAAAGUAUGAAACAGGUCAAAUUCAGCUGGUUGUGGGUUUUUUGAAUGACCAUCUCAUUUAAAUGCUGCAUCACAUCUCUAAAAGGAAACUCCCAAGAUCGGGUGACCUGUGAGAAUGUACCUGACCUGCAAUCGAGUCAACUCCCCUUGAUUCAGUGUAACUCCACUGAUGCAUGAAUGACACCUGAAAUGUUUCUGAUUUCAUAUUUUGAUGUUGUCAGUAUUGAUUUUUUUAAUAAUGAAGAGGAAAAAACCUUAAACUACUGUUGGUUUCCUGUUUAUUUCUUGUUUCAUUGUUUUGGUUUCGUAAUCUGCGUUUUUUCAAAUUUUGCACAGCGUGGCUGCAUUUGCUCUCAACGUGUGUUAAUGCCUCUCUGUGUGUGUGUGUGUUUGUGUGUGUGUGUGUGUGUGUGUGUGUGUGUGUGUGUGAAUAAUCACUUAUGAAUACUGGAAGGUCAGAGAGAAGCAAACCAAACCAAAAUAGUGAAAUCGUUUUAUUUUGCAGAUAUUUUCUUUUCAGCAGAACCACUUGGCACUGCUAGGAGAUUGCAAUGGUUAGUGCAGGUUACAAAAAAAGCAUGUGCAUGAAUGCACAUCUUUCACACAAGCCACUUGGAUCAAGACGUGUAGCUGUUCUUACCUGUGUAAAAACAGGUAUACCUGUGUAACAUCAAUGUUAUAUUUGCCACCAAAACAAGUAGUGUUCAAUCGAAACAAAUGAUUAUCCUCAUUCAUCAAUCAGAUCCAACAUGUAUAUUUGUUUUAAUGGUAACAGGUUUAACAAUGAAAUGGAUUUUGAUGAUAUUUGAAUAUAAUGGACACGUUUGAGUGGAUAGACGAUGAUGAUGAUGUCGAUGGCGACUGAAAAGCCUUUAUAAUGGGAGCCUUCCUGGCACCUAAUAGGAGGAGCAUGGUGGAGUCAAACCAAUUUUGAUUGUACUAUCUGAGGAGGGUGGGGAAGCCAUGUUGGGGUUUUGGAAAAUGUUGGUAUCAGUGUGAUUAUGAAACUUGAGCCUUCCGUUUGUAUAAAUAGACAAACCAAUGUGGUGGUGGUGAUGGGGUGGGUGGGUCAAACUAAGCCGCAGCAACAACCUUUCGGCCUUUAAGUCGAAGCCUACAACUUUAGUACUGUUGGGGCGGCUCGGUCAGAGGGUUGAGACUCGGCCUCUCUUGUAAAUUGUCGUUCUGUAAUCUUUGCUUGCACUUUUCUUUUUUUUGUUUCAUUCCCCAAAAAUAAGAAACUUAUUGUAAGUGUGUGUGAGUGUGAGUGCUGGUGCACUUUUAAUUUUUCAAUCUUUGCAUUUUUUCAACGUGAUUGUCUGUUGUAAACAACACUGGAUAAAGAUGAAUUUUUAAUUUGUAUUUUUUACCUCGAGAGGAAGAUAGAAUCUUCCUGGACAUUUUUUAACCCCCGUCCCCACCCCUCUCUCUCUCUCCCUCUCUCUCUCCCCCCUCUCUCUCUUUCUUUGUCUGGUACUGGUACCUGGGAAUGCUUUGAAAUGUGGACUGUGACCGCAUUGCUGUCAUCACUGCUGUCAGUCAUUCUCUGUGAAUUCAUACAGCUUUCUCGU